AUGGCUGCUCUACAAGACAACUCCGCGUUACUACAAGAGAUCCUAGCCUCUGUACGGUCACUCAAGCAAGACCAACAGCAGCUUGCCGAUACUGUCGAUGCUAUUAAUGGUCGUGUCAACGUACUUGCCGGGCUCAAGCAGUCUCACGAAGGUAUCAUCCACGAUGCGUCUGCUCCAAGCCCUAGAAUGCAGGCUCAGCCGUACCUUCUAGGCAGUCCGCGAAUACCGCCACACGGUCAUCAUUCUCGCGAGAGCGUAAGCUCAAGCGAUGGCUUCAGCAAAGACAAGGAAUCAAAUGGCCAUGCAUUGUCGACGUCGCCACCUCCCAGAAGACCUAGCACUACUUUGUCCAAGAUUGUGAUCACCACCCAUCCCGGUCAAGCAGGAGUGGACCCUCUACCUAUGGACUGGGGCAAUUCAGACUCGCAAAAGCGUGGGCCUGUCGUCGUAGCACGCAGCCCAAGCACGAUCCGACGACGCAACGCUAUCGGGGCUCAUGGUGGCUCGUACAGCAUAUAUUACGCCCUGGCCGUAGCCUCACAGCAGCUGAACACAGACCAUAAACCAGAUUACACAAACACUGAGCCGGCCGCCAAUAUCUCCCCAAAUCCGACUUGGUUCAAUCCAAAAAAGAUUGUCGCCAUGGAUCCACUUGGUCAUCUGGCACCCUGGGUUUUCAAAGAUAUCAUCGACACCGAGAACGUCGAGAUCCGUCCGACGAUAGCAGUCACAAGAGCCCACAUGAAGAUCCCCGAGCUCGAAGAAAGCGUCCGCAAAGGCCGUCUAGUGCCAGACGGUAAAAUCUGUCUUAACGACAUCGGCGAGCUAAGUGUGACCAAAGUCGCCGUCGAGCCGGUCUGGUACCUCCCAGGCGUAGCCGAGCGCUUCGGCAUCGACGAAGGCGUCCUGCGACGCUCGCUCUUCGAGAAUACAGGCGGCAGCUACCCCGAGCUCAUCACCCGCAGCGACAUCAAGCUCUUCAUGCCACCGAUUGGUGGCCUAACAGUCUACUGUUUCGGCGACCCAGCCAAAAUGGCCGAUGCCAAGGUCAAGCUCUCUCUACGUGUCCACGACGAAUGCAACGGCUCCGACGUCUUCGGCUCGGACAUCUGCACCUGCCGGCCUUACCUAAUUUUCGGCAUCGAGGAAGCAGUGAAAGAAGCUCAACGCGGCGGAAGCGGAGUCGUGAUCUACUUCCGCAAAGAAGGUCGUGCCUUGGGCGAAGUGACAAAAUACCUCGUCUACAAUGCUCGCAAACGCGGCAGUGACAAGGCGAGCGAGUAUUUUAAGCGGACGGAGAAUAUUGCAGGAGUGAAAGAUAUGAGGUUCCAGGCGUUGAUGCCGGAUAUUCUGCAUUGGUUGGGGAUUACAAAGAUUGAUCGGAUGUUGAGUAUGAGUGAUAUGAAGCAUGAUGCUAUUGUAGAUCAGGGGAUCCCGAUCCUGGAGAGGGUGCCGAUUCCGGAUGAGAUGAUUCCUGAGGACUCCAGGGUGGAGAUUGAUGCUAAGAUUCAUGCUGGGUAUUUCACGACGGGCAAGGUGAUGACAAUAGAAGAGCUGGAUCGCGUGCAUGGACGGGCUUGGGACGAUGUUGAUCAUUGA